ACUGGAAACCGGACGCAUCCGGAGGAGGGGCGGGGAGGCGGCCCGGGCACCGCCAAUGGCCGGGCCGGGCUCCGGGGAGGCCGGUUAAAUACCCUGGCCGCCCCGGGGCGCGCCCGUACCCGCCCGCGCCGUGCGCCCGCCGACAGCUCCUCGAGCCCGCCCGCGAGGCAGCCGCGCGCAGCGAGCCGGUGGCGCAGGUGUCGGGUCCCCGAGCGCGCAGCCCGGGAGCAUGAUCGUGGACAAGCUGCUGGACGACAGCCGCGGCGGAGAGGGGCUGCGGGGCGCGGCGGGCGGCUGCGACCUCAUGACCAGCCCGCUCAACCUGGCCCACUUCUACGGCGCGUCGCCGCCCGCCGCCGCCUGGGACGCCAGCUGCUCGGCCUCGGGCCCCUCGGCGCCCGGCUCGCCUGGCUCCGACUCCUCCGACUUCUCCUCCGCCUCGUCGGUGUCCUCCUGCGGCGCCGUGGAGUCCCGGCCGAGAGGCGGCGCGCGCGCCGAGCGCCAGCCAGUUGAGCCCCAUGUGGGGGUUGGCAGGCAGCACAGAGGCCCCUUUCAAGGUGUUCGGGUAAAGAACUCGGUGAAAGAACUCCUGUUGCACAUCCGAAGUCAUAAACAGAAGGCUUGCGGCCAAGAUUUUAAGACACAAGGUGUGAACAUAGAACAGUUCACAGAAUUGAAGAACACAGUAUCGUAUGGUGGGAAAAGGAAAGGGCCCGAUUCGUUGUCUGAUGGACCAGUUUGCAAAAGGCCAGCUCUGUUGCAUUCCCAAUUUUUGACACCACCUCAAACACCAACAUCUGGGGAGAGCAUGGAAGAUGUUCAUCACAGUGAACCCAAGCAGGACAGCAGUGCUGAUCUGCUCCAGAACAUUAUCAACAUUAAGAAUGAAUGCAGCCCCGUGUCCCUGAACACAGUUCAAGUUAGCUGGAUGAGCCCUGCGGUCGUCCCCCAGAGCUCCCCAGCAGAGCAGUGUCAGGACUUCCAUGGAGGGCAGGUCUUCUCUCCACCUCAGAAAUAUCAGCCAUUCCAAGUCAGCGGCUCCCCACAGAUGAUAGACCAGGCUUCCCUGUACCAGUAUUCUCCACAGAACCAGCACGUAGAGCAGCAGCCACACUACACCCACAAACCCACUCUGGAAUACAGUCCUUUUUCCAGACCUUCCCAGUCCCCCACUUAUGAACCAAACCUCUUUGAUGGUCAAGAAUCACAGUUUUGCCCAAACCAAAGUUUAGUUUCCUUUCUGAGUAGUCACGGGGAAUCUGAGAAUAUUGCUCAUCCCAUUCAGACUUCCUCCAGCGUUCAGCCGCAAAACGGUGCCCACUUGCACAACUUCAGCGUGAUGCCCAACAGCACCUGUGACGCCAUGGCGGGGCAUGAGAUGGCCCCUGACUCUUCCAGCAUGCCACUGCCAUUCCCUAACAUUGGAAAUCCAAUGAACACCACACAGUUAGGGAAGUCAUUUUUUCAGUGGCAAGUGGAGCAGGAGGAAAGCAAAUUGGCAAAUAUUUCCCAAGACCAGUUUCUUUCAAAGGAUGCAGAUGGUGACACGUUCCUUCAUAUUGCUGUUGCCCAAGGGAGAAGGGCACUUUCCUAUGUUCUUGCAAGAAAGAUGAAUGCACUUCAUAUGCUGGAUAUUAAAGAGCACAAUGGGCAGAGUGCCUUUCAGGUGGCAGUGGCUGCCAAUCAGCAUCUCAUCGUGCAGGAUCUGGUGAACCUCGGGGCGCAGGUGAACACCACUGACUGCUGGGGAAGAACACCUCUGCAUGUCUGUGCUGAGAAGGGCCACUCCCAGGUGCUUCAGGCGAUUCAGAAGGGAGCAGUGGGGAGCAAUCAGUUUGUGGAUCUUGAGGCAACUAACUAUGAUGGCCUGACCCCUCUUCACUGUGCAGUCAUAGCCCACAAUGCUGUGGUCCAUGAGCUCCAGAGAAAUCAACAGCCUCAUUCACCUGAAGUUCAGGAGCUUUUACUGAAGAAUAAGAGUCUGGUUGAUACCAUUAAGUGCCUAAUUCAAAUGGGAGCAGCAGUGGAAGCGAAGGAUCGCAAAAGUGGCCGCACAGCCCUGCAUUUGGCAGCUGAAGAAGCAAAUCUGGAACUCAUUCGCCUGUUUUUGGAGCUGCCCAGUUGCCUGUCUUUUGUGAAUGCAAAGGCGUACAAUGGCAACACUGCCCUCCAUGUUGCUGCCAGCCUGCAGUGUCGGCUGACACAACUGGAUGCUGUCCGCCUGUUGAUGAGGAAGGGAGCAGACCCAAGUACUCGGAACUUGGAGAACGAACAGCCAGUGCAUUUGGUUCCUGAUGGCCCUGUGGGAGAACAGAUCCGACGUAUCCUGAAGGGAAAGUCCAUUCAGCAGAGAGCUCCACCGUCUUAGCUCCAUUAACUUGGAGCCCUGGCUAGCAACACUCACUGUCAGUUAGGCAGUCCUGAUGUAUCUGUACAUAGACCAUUUGCCUUGUAUUGGCAAAUGUAAGUUGUUUCUAUGAAACAAACAUAUUUAGUUCACUAUUAUAUAGUGGGUUAUAUUAAAAGAAAACAAGAAGAAUAUCUCAUUUCUCUUGGCAGAUUUGCAUAUUUUCUACCCAGGUAUCUGGGAUCUAGACAUCUGAAUUUGAUCUGAAUGGUAAUAUUGCCUUCAAUUGACAGUAGCUUUUGAGUAGGAGAGGACUUUGAUUUGUGGCACAGAGCGUUAUUCAUGUGGCUAUUGCCAGUGUCAAAGCAAAGUAAAUCGUGAAUGGUUCUUUAAGAAAAACGAAAGCAUGUGAAAGGAAAACGGUAAAUAGAGCAUUGAGGCUUCAUUCGGCCUGAUGCAGUACCUGGGAGUUACUGGCAUUGGAGAGGCUUCAGUCAUUGGACUAGAUGAAAGGUGUCCAUGUUUAGAAUUUGAUCUUUGUAAACUGUAUAUAAUUGUUCUUUUUGUCCUUAAAACUGUUGUACAUACUUGGUCAUUAACAUGGUCAUAUUUGAAAUGUAUAAGUCUAAAAUAGAAAAGAACAAGUGAAUUUUUGCUAUUUAAAAAGUUUUUACAAUUCUAAGGAGUUUUUAUUGUGUAAUCAUGAAGUCUUUAUAGAUAAAGCAGAUGGGGAGUUGUGGAGUUGUUCAUUUAGUGGCUGAAAGAUAUGUUUGAAGUGUAAAGAUGCUUUUUCUCAUGCAUUGCAAUUAGACAUUAUUUGUAGGGAAUUGCAUGCUUUUACUUUUUUUUCUCCCGAGACAGGGUCUUGCUCUGGCACCCAGGCUUGAGUGCAGUAGUGUGAUCCUGGCUCACUUCAGCCUUGACCUCCUGGGCUCAAGUGAUCCUCCCAUCUCAGCCUCCUGUGUACCUGGGACUACAGGUGUACACCACCAAUGCAUGACUCAUUUUUUUACUUUUUGUACAGGCGUGAUCUUGCCGCCUUGCCCAGGCUGGUCUUGAACCCCUGAGCUCAAGCCAUCUGCCUGCCUUAGCCUCCCAAAGUGAUGGGAUUGCAGUAGUGACCACAGUGCCCGAUUGGCAGUUGUAUGCUCUUGAGGAGAACGUCUCUUUAUGGCUUGCCCUCUAGAAUUUCUGAUUUAUGUGUUCUGUUGAAAUUUUUUGUUUUUUUUUUACCUUUAUAGAAACAACAAAAAGUCAAUAUUGAAAUACGUCUUCCUAUUUUCUAUUGUCAAAUGACGAUAAUAUGCCAUUAUGUUUUAUAUAAUAUCAUUCAGAAAAAGUUAUAUUUUUAAAUAACAUUCUGUUAACAUUAUUUUUCUUAACUCUGGCAUACCUGAGGAAUGCAUUUGGCUUUGAUUACACACUAAGUUUUUGUAAUAAAUUUGACUCAUUAAAAACCUUUUUUUUUUUUUAAUGAGAAAUCUCAUUAGUGACUGACUACCUUAUCUUUGCAGCUGAGUACUUAAAUUCUUUUUUAAAAGAUACCCUUUGGAUUGAUCACAUUGUUUGACCCAGUAUGUCUUGUAGACACAUUGGUUAUAAUCACCUUGUAUCUCCAAAUAUGGUGUGAUAUGAACCAGUCCAUUCACAUUGGAAAAACUGACGGUUUUAAAUAAACUAAUUCACUAAUAUUAUUUGUCUUAUUUGUAUUUUCUUUUCCGGGUGCCUUAUUUAUAUUUCCCUAGGUAGAAAAAGUACUAUUAAUGACAACUUUAAAUACCUUGAGUUAGUUAAUAUAUCUUAAUUUGGGUUUUUUGGAGAACGUAUUUCCUGAAGGUAUACAAGAUUUAACAUCAAAAUCUAUUUGCUAAGCGUACUGGUAGAGAGGUGUGUUAGGUUCGGAAAAUAUCAUGGAAGUUUAACAGAUGCUGUCAAUCAUUCAGAUGCUUAUAUGCUAAAAAA